AUGCGAGAUGAAGAAAAGGCAAGUGGAAUAGAUACAGAUUUGAGUGACGUUGAAAAAGCACUUGAGGAGAUAGUAGAAAAAGAAGCUGUGGUUGAAGAAACAGCGCAAAAUGACAAAAAGAAAGUCGAUAGUGCCAAAGCAGCGGAAAUGAGAUACAGAGCUCUAGAGAACCUUGGCGGGACACAGAAAAGACAAAGAAAAGAUGAGUUAGAGAAUGAAACAGUAGCAAGAGCAAAACGUCGAAGAAGUGGCAGUGACAUGGUGGCAUAUUUGCGAGAAAAGAACGAUCUCAUGUAGAAAUGGAAAAUGGAAGAAAUGCAGCUACAGAAUCAGCGAUUAGAGGCUGAAAGUAAGAAGGAGGAGCAGUCCAAAGAGCAACAGGAUUUGAUGCAGGUCAUGCAGCAGCAAACUAAACAGCAACAAGAACAAAUGCAAAAAUUUCAGAAGAUGUUCACGCUAAUGCAGCAGCAGCAGUCUCAAAUUAUCAUAAAACCUCUAGUAAUCUAA